AGUUUAUGUAGAUAAAUUCUGGUGAAGGGUAAAAUUCAGUAAAAAUUCCAAAUAAAACUAUUAGAAUGCGAUUAGUCGACGGGACAAGCUCCUAACGCACCCUACCAUUCGUGAACAUUCAAAACUCAACAUAACAGGUAGUACUUUGGCAAUGGGUCAAAUUGUUUAGUACUUUGCAUAUUAGAAGUGUAGUUAAAAUCCCCAAGUUAUUUUGCUUUAGGACUCGAGAAAGUUAAGUGAGGAUUUGAUUUACAGUGUGCAAAGAAGAUGAGUGACGGUAAAGUAGAUUCAAGCGAGAUUUCCAUGAACCACAUGCUAGAAGAGGACCUUCUGAACGAGCUAAAGUGCCCCCUGUGCGGGGUAUACAUGGCCCCUCCAAUCCAGCAAUGCAGGAACGGCCACGACUACUGCAAAGAAUGCUUCGAACUGAUCUACCGCUGCCACAGAUGCCAUUCCAUGAAAGGAGAAACCCGCAACCAUCUGCUCGAGAAGAUCUACCUGAAGGUCCACCUACCGUGCAAGUACGCGUGCAACGGUUGCGAGGUCAAGUGCAAGAGCAAGGACCUCGACGCGCACGAGGACGAGUGCAAAUACACCCUGAAGAGGUGCCCGUUCACCAACACGACUUGCUGCAGCUGGGAGGGCGUUUGCUUCGACAUCCGGGACCACUGUCACGAGCAGCACCACUUCAGCACGCUCGUCGGACGCGAGAACGUCCUGUCCUUCGUGCAAUUCGACCAGGACUAUUUCAGCGGAGGAAGCUGGAUCUACGUCAUCUUCGUCUACGAGACGAUGUUCCGUUUCUGCGUGUCCAUCGACAUGCGAACGAAGCUGUUCAAAUUCGUCGCGACGCACAUCGGAGAGGAGACGACGCCGAACCGGUUCAAUUUCCAAGUGAAAUUCUUGCAGAACGAUACCGAGGAAGCCGGGAUCACGCUAAGGGCGGUUUGCGCCCAUCAAGUCGAUUACACUAAACUGUUUCAUGGUAAUGAGUACCUGGUUAUGCCGGUUGACGUACUCAUACCGCUUGUUGAUAAUGUCGGUGAGCUCCAUUAUGCUGUUAAAAUUAUAGACACUAGUAAGCCCGAACUCGUCGAUGUUAACCAACCCUCUUCUAGUAAAAUGUCUUCUUAGAGUGCAUUUAUCGGAGUUAAAAAAAUAUUAUACAUUGCUUUUAUCAUAGAUAAAUUUAGUAGUUAGUUUCAUUAUACUGUUUU